AUGCAAACAGUUUCGAGAAUGAUUACCUUACCACCGAUAAAAGAUUUAUUGGACACACCUAUUAGCGAUGAUAUUGAUGAGUGGCUCACACAAGCCACAUGCCGGACACGCACUAGCCAUUCACAAACACACACUCCCAUUGGCACAUUAAAUAUCCGUGAAGCUCUUGAUUUCCGCGUGUCUGGAUGCCUGUUUGCGCAACGAGGCACACUAUUUGUUGGAAGAGAAAAGAAAAAUUUGGCUAAAAGGAAGAAAAAAAUAUACACACGUACUAUUAUCAUACAGAAAACAAACAAAUCAAACUUGUUCGUUUCCCCAUCCGAAAUGAUGGCUGCUGCUGUUAUAUUUUCGGUGAUGAUGUUUAUCUCUGUUUACGACAAAACUACGUACAAACGUCCUGGAUAUCACACUCUCAUUGCGCAAUCCACAAAUUUCUCUGAUUAUUAA